AUGAAACCUGAAUCUUCCGGCUGGCUCAGCAAGCCCUUCUUGACGUCGAUCCUGCUUGGUAUAGGAGGGUUUCUUUAUGGGUUUGAUUCAGGAAUCAUCACACCCAGCUUAGCACUCCAGUCAUUCCUCACAUAUUUUGGAAACCCUGAUGCUCCACUCCGAGGUGCUAUCGUAUCGGUGUAUCAGGCUGGAGCAUGGCUCGGGAGCGCCUGUGUGGGCGUGACAAGCGAUAAGUUCGGCCGUCGGAAAGCAAUUGCCUUUGGCUGCAUAUGGGGAGUCAUCGGCGGUGCUCUGAUGGCGGGCGCUGCCCAUGUCGCAAUGCUCAUCAUCGGCCGACUCCUAGUUGGCUUUGCGGUCGGCACAAUCACCGGCGUAGCUCCAGUCUUUGGGGCAGAGAUAGCCAAGACUCAUGAGAGAGCCAGAAUAACGGCCAUCAACCAGAUGAUGGUCUCCUGGGGCUUCUUCGUCGCUCUUUGGACCGGCGUCGGCGAAGGCAAAUGGCAAAACCCCAACCAAUGGAGGCUCGGAUUCGCCAUACAGAGCGUCCCCGCCUUGGUCCUGGGUAUCAGCGUCUUCUCCCUCAGCGAGUCGCCCAGAUGGCUCUGUCUCAAGGGCCGACACGAGGAAGCCGAAAAGGCUUUCCGCAACUACCACUAUGACGGGUCCAACGACGACUGGUGCCGCAACGAGUUCACCAUCAUCCAGGUCAACAUUGCAGAGGAGCUGCAGGCCCAAGGCCGCCUCUCCUGGGCUGACUUGUUCAAGACUCCGGCGUUCCGCAAAAGACUUUUUGUCGGCUCGUUCGUGUGGGCUGCCGCGAUGCUGUCCGGCAUUUCGUUUGUUCAGUAUUACCAGACGGCCAUCUACGCCACGCUGCAGUUCGGCCAGGAUCAGCAACUUCUCGUCAGUGGUCUCUACGGUUCUGUGGGACCGGUGGUGUGCUUCCUGUCCCUGUUUUUUGUCGAUCGUGUCGGCCGCAAGAAGAUUCUCAUCAUCAGCUCGUCGCUUUUGUCGCUUUGCUAUUUGAUCAUCACCAUUCUUGCGGCAGUGUACCCUGCAAGACCCGGAUUCCCGACCAACCAAGCAGCCCAGCGCGGUCUCAUUGCCUGUAUUUUCGCUGUGUCUGCCAACUAUUCUGCUCUCUUGGGGCCUAUGACAUGGAUUAUUCCUCCUGAAGUCUUUACCACCGAGCUUCGAGCCAAAGCAAAUGCCAUAAUUCAGGUCAUACACUACUCCCUUAGUCUCCUCAUCACGCAGUGUUCGCCCAUCGCGCUAGCUGCGGUUGGCUGGAAGUAUUACAUACUCUUCAUUCUCACCAACGCAUUCUGUGCUGCCAUUUUUGCGGUCUUCUAUCCCGAAACCAGAGGGAAAUCAUUGGAAGAAAUUGACGAGAUCUUUGGCGAUGUCAAGAUCGUCCGUGACAUAGACUUUGCCGAAAAAGCUGGAGUCCAAGAGGUAGAGAUUCGUUGA